AACAACACUGCUCUUAUAUUCACUCAACUCCCAUUCCAUUCCUCCACAGUCCACACUAACCUUUAUCUCUCUAAAACUCACCCUGACUCGACUCCUAAUCUUCCCACCUGCCUCACUACAGUCUCUAAUGGAGGUCGAAGCUCACGGGCUUUCCACUUUUGAUCUCAAUUCCGGCAACCUUACUGCUUUUUCUCUCAGAAACCGCCCUGAGUUUCUAGUCCCUAACAUGUCCGGAUCUCCAAAGCAGCCUUCGGAACUUGAAAAAGUGACUGGUGAUCAAAUGGCGGAGCACGGUGGUGAAUGGGAAGCCACCGCUGCUCCGACGAGUCCCGCCGCAGCACUGGUCGGAUGUCCGUCGAAUGCCGCGAUGAAACUUCAGAAGGUUUACCGGAGUUAUCGUACUCGGCGCAUGUUGGCUGACUCUGCUGUGGUUGCUGAAGAGCUAUGGUGGCAAGCGCUAGACUUUGCACGGUUAAAUCACAGUACAAUCUCGUUUUUCAACUUCCUAAAGCCAGAGACUGCUGCGUCGCGGUGGAAUCGUAUCGGUUUAAAUGCUUCCAAGGUGGGCAAGGGGUUGUCGAAAGACGCCAAGGCACAAAAGUUGGCUUUCCAGCACUGGAUUGAAGCCAUCGACCCGAGGCACCGUUAUGGCCACAGCUUACAUUUCUAUUAUGAGGAGUGGUGUAAAACCAAUGCUGGUCAACCCUUCUUCUACUGGUUGGAUCUUGGAGAUGGCAAAGAGGUUGAUCUUAAGGAGUGUCCAAGGUCAAAGCUUCGUCAACAAUGCAUCAAGUAUCUUGGACCGAAAGAGAGAGAACAAUAUGAAUAUGUGCUUGUUGAUGGGAGAAUUUUGCAUAAAGUAACUGGGUACCCUCUUGAUACAAAUAAAGGAUCACCAGGAUCGAAAUGGAUUUUUGUGAUGAGCACCUCCAAGAGACUCUACAUUGGAGAGAAAAAGAAAGGAUUGUUCCAUCAUUCAAGCUUUCUCGCUGGAGGAGCUACUUUAGCUGCUGGGAGGCUCAUAGCAGAGGAUGGAGUGCUUAAGCCUCAUGAGGAGGAUUUGAAGAUUGUACACGAAGAAGAAUUCCUUCACCUCUUCUCGUUUCCCUUCCAUUCAAUUUUCCUCCUACAACAUAAAAAGAAGUGUAUCUCAGCUUACAGUGGACACUAUAAGCCAACUGAUGAAAGGCUCGGCAGCUUUUUAUUAUUUCUCGAGGAAAAUGGUGUCAACCUGGAUGAUGUAGAGAAACACAAGGCGAAUGAUGACUAUGAGAAUAAUGAAAACGGAAAAAUUUCCAUGGAUGCAGCUGUAUCUAAAGUUUUGUCAAUAUCAGAUUCUGUUCAGUGCGAUCUACCAAAUGAAGAGGAGGAGCUGUCUUCAGAAGCACCCGAAGUUUCCAAGCCUGAAACUAAGAAUGAGUAUAAGAGGACUCUCUCUGGGGGUCUUCAGAGUCCUAAAGCAGACGUGCCGAGGAUUUCAAUAAUGCAAAGGAUCAACUCCAAGAAGGCUGCAAAAUCAUAUCAAUUGGGCCAUCAACUCUCUGUCCAAUGGUCUACAGGUGUUGGUCCCAGAAUCGGUUGUAUUGCUGACUACCCUUUGGAGUUGAGGUUACAGGCACUAGAACUCACUAAACUCUCCCCACGAACAUGCCCUCCAUUAUCGACACCCGGUAGGAGUGCUGCUCUUGUUUCACCUUCUUGUCCACCAAAUAUAAGCAACGAUGACGUGGGAGCUCUCUACUUGGCCUAAAACCCUCUGCUACAAUGUUCAUUGGUUGCUUCUGCCGUCUGCUCUUGUUGGUGUUGCUAUCCUAGUUUACUCUUAUCCUAUGCUGUUUAGUCUAGUAGCAUACCUUUUGAGAAACCGGAUAUGAUUAGUUUAGAAAGAUAUCUUUAGCGAUUGCAUUCGAUGAAUAAGUUCUAAGCCCAUUUUGAGCUAGACAGACUGCAUUUUUAUGAAGUAGUGUGUAUCUCAAGGUACACUCCUAUCGUGUCGUUUCAUUUAAUAUUUGCCCGGAAGUGUACAAAGUAGGGAAAUUAUGUCAUCAGUUAGGAGAAGAAUAGUACCAAACUGGAACUUCUUAAGCAAAAUUUGGUUCUUGUGUUUGUACAUAGAUGAUUUCUGA